GCCACUGUUAUCCAGAUACAAAGCUUCAUCUUCAACCUUCGUAGUUAAACCCCCGCUCACUCUCCACAUCCAAUCACGCAGGGCCAUAGCUUCUCUCUGACCGGAGAAAAGAGAGAUACAUACGCCGCCUUCUUUACAAUCUCCGGCGCUUCCAUCUGAUGCUGUAUCUCAUACCAAAUUGAAAGAAAUGCCCGGAAUUGCUUUCUCACCCAACUGUAUUUCACUCUCAAGCUUCCCUCCACGGUCUGGCGGUGGAAUCUUCCGACCAAGCAAAAUUGACUUCUCAUUUCCCUUCAAGAAGCUCCAUUUCGCUGGCGAGCGACGUCUCCUCAACUCAGGUGGCCUUAGGGUCAGGGCAAAGUCUAAAGAGUUAGUCCUUGGCAAUCCUUCGGUAACCGUCGAGAAAGGUAAGUAUAGCUACGACGUAGAGACGUUAAUCAACAAACUAUCAAGUCUUCCACCUCGAGGUAGCAUAGCAAGAUGCCUCGAUUCGUUCAGGAACAAACUUAGCCUCAACGAUUUCUCCCUCGUUUUCAAGGAAUUCGCCGCUCGAGGCGAUUGGCAAAGAUCCCUUCGCCUGUUUAAAUAUAUGCAACGUCAGAUGUGGUGUAAGCCUAACGAACAUAUAUACACUAUUAUGAUCGGCGUUCUCGGUCGUGAGGGUCUUCUUGAUAAGUGUGCUGAGGUGUUUGAUGAAAUGCCUAGCCAGGGAGUUAUCCGAAGUGUGUUCUCCUACACUGCAAUCAUCAACGCCUAUGGAAGGAACGGUCAGUAUGAAGAUUCGUUAGAACUACUAGAGAGGAUGAAGAGAGAAAGAGUGUCUCCUAGCAUUUUGACAUAUAAUACUGUGAUUAACUCCUGUGCAAGAGGUGGGUAUGAUUGGGAAGGCUUGCUUGGGUUGUUUGCGGAAAUGCGACAUGAAGGAAUACAACCUGAUCUUGUGACUUACAACACUUUGCUCAGUGCUUGUGCCAGCAGGGGUUUAGGAGAUGAAGCAGAGAAGGUGUUUAAGACGAUGAAUGAAGGAGGAGUUUUACCGGAUAUCACUACGUACAGUUAUUUAGUUGACACGUUUGGGAAAUUAGGUAAACUCGAAAAGGUUUCUGAGUUACUCAGGGAGAUGGAAUCUGGAGGAAAUUUGCCUGAGAUUUCUUCUUACAACGUGUUAUUAGAAGCUUAUGCUCAUUUAGGGUCGAUCAAAGAAGCAAUGGAUGUAUUUCGACAAAUGCAGGAAGCUGGUUGCAUGCCAAAUGCAGCUACAUACAGUAUUUUGCUAAAUCUUUAUGGAAAACAUGGAAGGUAUGACGAUGUUCGUGAGCUUUUUCUCGAGAUGAAGGUAAGUAACACAGAGCCAGAUGCUGCUACUUAUAAUAUUCUUAUCCAAGUUUUCGGAGAAGGUGGUUAUUUCAAGGAGGUGGUGACAUUGUUUCACGAUAUGGUGGAAGAGAAUGUUGAGCCAAAUAUGGAAACAUACGAGGGUUUGAUUUUUGCUUGCGGGAAAGGAGGACUUCAAGAGGAUGCGAAAAAGAUUUUGCUUCACAUUAAUGAGAAAGGAUUAGUUCCAAGUUCAAAGGCUUUUACUGGGGCUAUCGAGUCGUAUGGACAGGCUGCAUUAUAUGAAGAAGCUCUUGUUGCGUUUAACACGAUGAAUGAGAUGGGAAGUGUGGCCACUAUAGAAACAUAUAACUCGUUGAUUCACACGUUUGCUAGAGGGGGUUUAUAUAAGGAAUUGGAAGCUAUCUUGUCGAGAAUGCAGGAUUUAGGUGUUGCUCAGAAUAGGGAUACUUUUAAUGGUCUGAUAGAAGGAUAUAGACAGGGUGGCCAGUUUGAAGAAGCUAUAAAAACUUAUGUUGAGAUGGAGAAAGUCAGAUGUGAUCCUGAUGAAUGUACUCUUGAAGCAGUGUUGAGUGUUUACUGCAUUGCUGGUCUAGUUGAUGAGGGUGAGGAGCAAUUUCAGGAAAUUAGGGCACUCGGCAUAUCACCAAGUGUUAUGUGUUAUUGUAUGAUGCUGGCUGUUUAUGCAAAGAGUGACAGGUUGGAUGAUGCAUACGCGUUGUUAGAAGAGAUGCUUACGAAUCGGGUAUCUAACAUACAUCAAGUGAUUGGGCAGAUGAUAAAGGGGGAUUAUGAUGAUGAAUCAAACUGGCAGAUGGUUGAAUAUGUAUUUGACAAACUGAAUUCCGAAGGCUGUGGUUUGGGGAUGAGGUUCUAUAAUGCGCUUCUAGAAGCACUUUGGUGGUUGGGGCAAAAAGAACGAGCUGCUAGAGUUCUCAGUGAAGCAACAAAAAGGGGUCUAUUCCCUGAGUUGUUUAGAAAAAACAAACUUGUUUGGUCUGUGGAUGUACACAGGAUGUGGGGUGGUGGUGCAUCGACUGCCAUAUCAGUUUGGCUUAAAGAUAUGUAUGAAAUGUUUGAAAGUGGAGAGGAUUUACCUCAGUUAGCUACUGCUGUUGUUGUACGGGGGCAAAUGGAAAAGAGCUCGAUAACAAGGGAUUAUCCAAUUGCGAAAGCUGCCUACUAUUUUCUAAGGGACAAUGUAUCGUCAUCAUUUGUUUUUCCUGGAUGGAACAAGGGACGGAUUGUCUGUCAGCGCAGUCCGCUUAAAAAGCUUUUUUCAGGUCCAGAAAUGUCUUCUGAAGGUGGUUCCAUUAUGGAGGUUAUAAAUUUAAAAAAUUCUCCUUUAACUCUUACCGGAAUGAGAUCUGGAGGCGGAAGCAACAGUACUAGAAGUGAUCAAUACGGCGAAGAUGAAAAUGGAAGCAGAAAGAGAAGUACAUCAGAGCUGGUCCCUAGCCCAGUUUGAAUCGCACAAAACCUACUUAUUCCUCAACCGCUGCAUCUGGCGAACCCUAAAUCAUGAUUUGACUGCAGAAUGACACCAGUCUUGUGUAGUAACUAACUUGAAGGUAGGUGACUGGUCAAUGAAUGUGAAGAAGAAGAUUGGCAAAUUUUGUUGCAUCCAAGACUAAGUAAAGGAAAACAAUUCUCUCAUAUUUGUUGAAGGCUGUGAUCUCUGCGUUGAGCGAGUUCUUUGAUGAACAUUGUGAAGAUGAAGAAGAAGAGUCCAUGGAGAAACCUUUGCAAUCCUUGCUCAGUAAUACACUCAACCCUAUCUUAUGAACUUGUAGCUUUUUUUUAUAUUUGAUAGAUUUUGAAAACAAAUAUAUCUGUUGUAAAAUAGAGAUCUUGUAAUGAUGCUUUUCUAUGGAAAUAUAUCUUCUUUAUUUAAAUGU